GGCAGAAAGAAGCGCGUCUGUCACACGAAGGGUAGUCAUGUCCGGCUUUUGUUGUGGAAGUUCUUUAGAUCUUUGCCGAUUACCAGACAUACGAUGACCAAAUAAACUUGGCAAAGUACUAAAGGUUAAAAGCACUCAAAAUGACGCAGACUGGGGAUCCACAGCGCAAAGAACAACUGAAGGAAUUCCAACGAAAUGCACAUCGUUUACUAUCAGAAGAUGACCGUAAUUAUUUACAUUAUACGCUCAAAGAAUACCAGACUUAUAAAUCAGUAGAGAAACUGGUGACUGCGUUGAAAUCGUGCCUGGAUAACCCAAGAAAACUGGAUCUUCUCGCAGAUAUUCGAAACCUUAUUCCUUCGGCGCAUCUGAGCAAGUUUGAUAGUUUAGCUCCGUACAGCGAAAUGGCUCAUCCUUUCAAACCACCAAACCAAGUAGCUACGAACCGCAAGACUCAAAGUUUGCCUUACAAUUACAAGAACAGCGAGCUCAGAGCACUUGCUCGGGGCUCUUCACCGACUAACGCUGGUUCUUUUAAAGUUAUAACGUUAGCAAGAACUUCGCUAGACGAAUCUCUUGGGUUUAAAAUCAAAGGCGGUCGCGAAAACGAUAGGGCAAUUUUUAUUUCCGAAGUGGAUGAGAACUCCUCUGCGGCUAAACAAGGACUCAAAGAGGGCGAUCGAGUAAUUGAGGUUAAUGGAAUCGAUUUUGAGAAAAUUACCAAAAGUUCAGCGGAAAACUUGUUGGGAUCCAUGAAUAAACUCAAAGUGGUUGCUAAGUCGUCGGCCUCCUUGCCCGAAAUGGAUGUGUCUAACUCUUGGUAAGUUAUGACUGUCAUGAUAGGAAAUCAAAACUUAUAACAUGCUGAUUAUUUGUCGCACCAUUCGCUUUGCUAAAUCCACUUGUGGCCUUAGUUAUUAAUGCCCAGCAUUUUUAUUAAACAAUCGCUUUGGUUCGUUUGGUUGAAAAACAAUCGCAAAAGGACUUCAGGAAGCGUGUCAGUGUUAAGUAAUUUAAGGGCUCGUGACUCCCGUUCCGUGACUUCGACUUCUUCUUUCUCUGAUAACACUAGCUUACAUCUGAAUCUCUGACUUUCAGAUGUCAGAAGUUGGUUGAACAUUUUGUUAUCCAAACAACAAACAAGAUGGUUGUUAUAUUAGUUUUAGGGCCAACAUUGUUACCUUUACCAUUUUCACAUUGUGUUUACGCGCACUUGUGGUACUUCGUAAGUUGGAGAUUGUUUCUUAGAGACUACUCACUUGAAACUUGCACUUUGUUCAUAUAUAAAUUUAACCAUCUAUCGACCACCUCUUAGAAGCUUUAAAUUGGAGAUGGAGUUGAGAAUAACUAGCCAAUUUACGUUGUCUGGUAUUGGUUUUUAUAACAUUUUGAAACUAAUUUAUGGUUUGUUUGUGAGUGGUUACCGUGUAUGUAUUUCAAGUAACCUGCUGACCUCGGAAUAUUUCUCAUCCCCGAAAAAUUUUUAUUUGCUUCUAAUGGCAUCACACUGGGAUCCUACCGUUUAUAUUUAAUAAAUAUUGUUUUUCGCAGGAAGGACACGGCCUCAGUUAGAAAUAUCGGUUUGAUUUGUUACGGAACAGCGGGUUUUAAACUGAGUAUUUUUUGGGGUUUAAUAUUGCGUGCAUUGUUUCACCUGGUUGAACCUGUAAAUUCACGCAGGGAAAUGUAGAUGUCAGUGGUUACAAAAUAAAAUUUUGAGGGAAAGUCCAUACAAUAAAAAAGUCCAUUUUGCUUAAACUUAGUAGCUCCCUGCAGCAGGAAGAAAGGAACUUACACUAGAUUUCAUAACGUGAUAAAAAAAGUUACUACUACUGUAUGCAUGGCUGGGAAAUAUACAUCUCUGCAGGUGUAAUUAAGCCAAAAUUACAAAACAAAGUCUGUUAUAAUGAUAAAACAUCAACUAAAACAGCAAAAACUUUAUUAGCAGUCAGACUGUCUUCAGAGUCCUCAAUAAUUAUUGUUCCCUAUUGGAGCAGAUUUUUAUCAGUUUGAAAUAGUUUUGAUGCCACCUGCUACAGAUAUUAAAUCUCUUAGCAUAUACAUCCUAAUAACACAAAACCUCCCACUUUUAAUAACAUGUAGACUACAAUAAUAUUGUACAGAAAUAUUGGGUUCGUUUUUCUGAAGGACGCUUUUGAUAAUCGAUAAUCAAGAGAAGGCCAAAUGCACAGGUGGCUUCCCGACAAUUAAGAGUGGAAGUUGUUUUUAAUAAUUAUUGGCUUGACUUUCCAUAUGAUCCAUUUUAUCUUCAGAUGCCUGGGGAAAUAGGUAGAAAUGGUGGUAUUAUAACUAAAAUUUCAUUUUUUUAAAAAAAUGUUUUUUUUAACACUAAUUCUAAAAAGUAGUUUUUGGAUGUGAAGAUUAUUAUUAACAAUGCCAUUUUCAUUCAAGAUUCACCAAAAAAGGACUUUGAUAAUAAAAAUUAAUACAUGGCUGCUUGGGAAAUGCAUAAAUGUUUAUUUUUAUUUGUUAAUUUUUUCUUUGCAACUGUUCCCUCACACUUCACAGUAGGGAUAUGAUUCUAUAUGUUUGCAGUGGUUAAUUCAGCUCAUGAUCCUUUGGGUCUUAUUUAUAUAUAUAUUUACUAUAGCCAACAUUCCUGUUCAAACUGGGUAUCUCACCAAGGUCCUCCACACUUCAUCUUAGUGCAGCAAUGCUUUGUCUUUUGUUUAUUCUAUUCCUGACAUACCAUACAGUGUAGUUUUGUUCUGCAUUGGGGGAUCCUUCUUCAGUCUGUUAUAUUUUGGUAAAAAAUUGACCUUUGUUUUGCAGGGGUCAAAGGAAUGGACGAGUCGUCCAAAAUGGAAUGUCUGAAAAUGACAGUCUUCAGGUACAUUGUAGAUAUUCUUUCAGAGCCAUUAAGUUGUUAAGAGAUAAGACAAGGAUAGGUUUUAACCCAUGAUAUAAAAAGCAAAAAGGGUUUACAUGGGAAAAUAAUCCUAAGUUGGACGAGAUCAAUUUUUCUGAGGAAAUAACUAUUAACUUGUGAAAAAGCUGAAGUUUCAGAGCGAGACAUUCUCCCCAUUUGGUUAUCCCAGACCUUGCGUCUGUCAUGCACAGGCUACCACCCUGUAUAUUAGAUACACGGCUAGCUUUAAACAUUCAGAGGGUUGUUAGUAAUUUAUAGUACCUUUUGGAAAGUUGGAAGACACUGAAGAUUUUCCUGACAUUUUUGGUCUACAGGCAAGCAGUGGUAGUGGGGGAAGUCUUACUCUACAGCAUAAUUCUCAUCUGCUGAACAGCUCUGAUCAGAGGAAAGUCAACCUUCAAGUACAGUCAACAGCAAAUGGCUUUAUUGGGUUUAACCUUCGAGGUGGAAGUGAAUAUGGUUUGGGUUUAUACGUCUCUGGGUAUGCACCUCUACAACAAUAAGCUCUGACAAACUGAAUCUUAUAGGACCAACUAAAUAGCUGACUUUCUGCUCGAAAAGAUGUCCUCAUUACAGAAAAUUUUACAUGUACAUUGUUGCACUGAAUUUAUCGCAAAAUUAACACUUUUGCUCCUCUGCCAAGUCCAGAGAUUCCAACCCUCCUGAUUUGAUGUCUUGAGUCCCACUCUUUUUUUACCAACUUCUCCCAAUUUAUUAUAAAAUUCUGAAAACUAGGGAAAAAUUGCUAAUCUUUAGAAUUUUUGGCGAUCUGUCACUGUGAAACACUCAUAUUAUACUUACUUUCUUCGCGAGCAUUAUGGUAUGUUAUAACUCAGGUCGGAAUGAUGUCAAAAUUCAAGAAAUGGCACCUGAGAGAACCUAAAUUUGUAAAAUUUCCCGGGGGGGCAUGCCCCCGAACCCCCCUAAAAGUUCGUGCCUCUGGCGCUAAUAAUUACUCCCUAUUUUCCAUCACAUGGGGUUGGAAUCUCUGCAAGUCAUUGUUAGAUGAUUUAUCACUUUAACCUUUUAAUCUGUGGACAGAAUCCUAUGGUUUCACCAUUCAAUGGCUACCUAUUGGACAGAACUUUUGCAGGGUACUAUGGUGGAACCUCUAUUUAGGGGACAAUCUUGGGAACAAGGCAAAAAUGUCCCCUGAAUAUAUAGGGUUGGCUGGGGUUUGUUAAUCAUUAACCAACAAAUAAAAUAUAUUUUUUUAUUCUGCCUUGGAAUCUGCUGCAGUACUCCGAUUUAAGUGAGAUGUGACUGUGCACACUUAAACCUUAUCUACCCUCUAUUUUGGUCAGUCACAUUUUGAGUGGCAAGGUGUCCCUUGAAUGGAGGUGUCCCUUAUGAGACCAAGUUUUGUAUCCCCUGAUUGGAUCUGUCCCUUGAAUAGAGGUGUCACAAAGGAGAGGUUCCUGAUGGGUCUAAAGUAGGUCACGUUCCACAGGUCAAGAGUUCAGGUCACUGCUCCAUUGGUAAAUUACCAAACCACACAGAUUCUCCUUAAUCUAACAGAGCAUUUUGUUAAGAGAUUAGGGCUAGGAGAUGCUAUUCAUUUAUCUGUAUCAUGGUGACCUGUACUCUGACCUGUGGAAAAGUGACCUGUAUUUUAGACCUGCUGCCUUAAUUUGUUAUCCUUGGCAUAUUUAAAUAUCUUAUUUACCAACUUGAAUACAUUACACACCUAAACCUUUCCUUUGGACUCUCUUACAGUCACCUAGUGGGUUAUUACAAGAGUGUGCUACCUCUUACUCUAAGUGAUAUACUCUUUACACAGGGUGGAUCCUGGUUCACUAGCAGAAGAAGCAGGCUUUAAAGUUGGUGACCAAAUUAUGGAAGUUAAUGGGAAAAGCUUUGAAAACCUUAAGCACAAUGAGGCUGUUGAAUUUAUCAAGUCACAAAAGCACAUCAUGGUCACACUUAAGGUAAAGUUGCCAUUGUUGAUAUUGUAGAUUGUACGCUGUCUACUAGGUGUUGUUUCAAGUCAUGGCCAUGUGCCCAUUGCAUUGUUUCUUUAGACAAAGGGAUCACUCAGUCUGCUCACCUUGUUUUCUUUCCACCUAAUUGGAUACAUUAUGUUAGGUAGAACCUGCUGAGUCUAAAGGUACAGAUCACAUUCCACAGGUCAAGAAUACAGGUCACCGCUCCAUUGAUAAAUUACCAGACCACACAGGUUCCUCUCAAUCUAAGAGGGCUAGGAGACACUUUUAUUGCUUUUUAUUUAUCUGUAUCAUGGUGACCUGUACUCUAAACUGUGAAAAAGUGACCUGUAUUUUAGACUCGCCGAAGUUCUGUUAAUGAACGUACCAGUAAUUUUAGACCAUCAGGAUUCAAUUAUAUAGAUAUGCCAGAAGAAGUAAAAGUUUGUAGAGUUUACAGUCAAUACAUAAAUGGGCACCAACCAUUGCAUUUAGUGUUUUAAAUAUUAUAAUAUAUUACACAUCUUUUUGUAGGCUGUGGGAAAGCUUCCGGAGGCAAAACAUUACCAAUCCCAAAUCAGUUGGGUUUAUCCUGAUGGGACUGUUGUAAUAGGUACGUCAUGACACAAUGAAGAAUAUUAAAUAUAGUCAACCCUGAAGUCCUCUACAACAGCCAUCUUUGGGACAGCUUGUAGUCAUUAGAGAGAUUACCUUUAGUAAAGGUGCAAGUCUGUAUGCUGUUGUUGCCCUAUAUAAUAAUAAGCAUAUUGUUACUGGACCCUAAACGGACACUGUGCACACGUAGCUUACACACACAAAUUUACUAGGACCCUGUAGUUUUUUGCUCAGUGCCCUUGCUGUUGAAAGACCUUGUUUUGUUAUCAGUUGUGCUGUUUUUAACAAAAAUGAUUCUGAUCACAAGUUUGCCAUGCAGUCUAAGAAUAACACACAUGUGCUCAUGAAAAGCAGGAAGGUUUGUAGCAUAAGAUUGUCAUCAUCAGCCUGGGUACUAUUCAAAGGCACAUAGACACUGAGAACACAAAACUGGGCUAUUCUUAAAGAGAUUCAAACCUAAUGUUUGUACUAUUUUAUGGCGAUAAACAGGUGGAUAAUUUGCAAGCCUCCCCGUUAGGGGUGUAACGAUUCAUAUUCCUUGCGGUUCGAUUCGAUUUCGAUUUGAUUUCGAUUCGAUUAUGUAAAUGUUUUUUCAUUCUUAUAACAUAACGCGUAAUGUAAACAACAUGCAACCCUAAACCCUCAAUUUGAGAAUAGUAGCAGGGACAGGAGGAUUCACAGUCGCUUUGUUCGUUGCCAUGUUUGAGAACCUGACAAAGAGCGUGUCGCACAUAGUUUGCCUUAUUUGGAAAUUCUCAAGGGGUGGUUGACAGCAUUUGGGGUGGUUGACAGCAUUUUUACCAGGCAACACAAAAUGGUGCGCGAAAUGCUAUCGUCUUUGCUCGUCAAUCAUAAAUGCACAAUUUAAAGUGUUCUGGAUUCGGAUUUUACAAUAUAAUAACUCACUAAGGGCAUUCUGGAAAAGGUGUGCAAAAAUCGGACCAAAAUCGAAACGUGGAAGCAAAGAAUCGUGAAUCGAACCGAACGGUCAUAAUUGCGAUUAAUCAAGAAUUGGAUUAAUUGUUACACCACUACUCCCCGUACAUGUCAGUGGUGAUUUUCCUAGUUUAUCUCCUUAUGAGCCAUUAAUAAGUUUUAGAAGUAAUGUAUCAUACAUUGCAUCUUACAUUUUAAGUUACUCUUGAUUUUACUCAGACAUGUAAAGAUUGUAAAAAGAUCUGCUCUUGCAUUUUGCAGAGAGUAAAGAGUCAUACACAAGAUCAAUUUCGGCACCAGUCUCCCCAGUACCAUCUCUAGAGCUUAGCCACUCAAGUACCCAGUUCCCAAUUUUAGAACAGGAAACCCCAACAAGAGACACACCAAGUCCAAGGCCAGUGUUACGAGAGACUGGGGUACAGACCCCUGAACCGUCUCCUGAACCUCCGGUAGAAGUCAGAGAGGAUGUGGUAAUUGUGAAAGUUGAGCAGAGUGAAAAUGCAGAACUGGAAAGAACACAGAGCGCUAAGAGUCUGGCUACCUCUUCCACCAGUAGUGGAGGUGAAUUUGAGAAACAAAACUCAAUUCGAUCUGCCUAUUCCUUUGAGAGUGUGAGCAGCAGCAGAGAAGAAAUGGCCAAAAGAGCUUCAGUAUCAAGCAUGAGCAAGGAAGAGGCCAUUUUAAGUGGUAGUGAUGGAGAGCUUAAUGAUAAGAGAAAGGUCAAGAAGUCCAAAUCUUUCUUGCAGAAGCAUGGAGACAAAAUUAAAUCCAAGCUAAGCUUCAGGAAAAAGAGUAAACCAAAAGUGGAGGAGAGAAGUAAGUACUAGACAACAGUUUUCCGUUUGUGUGUGUUUUACUCAUUUGACCUGGGAAAAGCCUGAUAUUAAAAAAAGUUUUGAAUGAAAUUCACACUUCAAAUAUAGUUUUGUUCAACUGAGUUCAACUCAAUAUGAAUAGUGAUCUCCUUCAGUAGGUCUUCUCAAAUGGUCACACUUAGAAGCCUUUAGUGCUUUCAUGAAUAUAUUCAGAAGACUGAAAAAAAAAAACAUUUUAUUGGCAGUCGUAAAAACCACAGAAUAUGUUGAUGUACAUAGGCAGCCUUUCCAAGGUAGUAUUCUAUAGCAAAUUCUUGCUUUCUGAUUGGCUGAAAAUACUAACCAUUCAUCAGUUCUUUGAAAGUAAAUACAGAAAAGCUAAGUUGUCUGCCAGUAAAAAGACAGUCAAGGCUGUGUUCUAGCAGAACCCGGUGCCCCCUGACACCUACACUUUGCUCCUAGGUGACUAGAAAUUAAAGUUUUUUCAUAAAAAUCAUAUGCUGGUCACCCUGGAUUUUACAGAUUCAAAGCAAUUGUUCCCUUUUCAAUUUUUCCUUGUAUAGCCUCUGAACACAGACGUGUUUGUGGUUGUCGCUUUGGGUGGAGAGAAGCAACGACCAGAAAUAUGUUUUUGUUCUCAGGCUAAGCCUUGUAUUGUUUUAUGAAACCAGUUCGUAAGAUUGUUUAUAGGUUUGUUUGUAUAGGUUGUUGCAUCAUCAUUUGUCAUCUCUGAGCUUGUGUGUCACUGAUAUUAUUUUCAUUUUUUUUACAUCUGAUCCAUCUUUUUUAAAAUUCCUAUUAAAAUUGCCUUUAUAAGGCUUUGUUGUUGUAAAAUACAACUUCCAUAACAUGAAUUAAUCAUGAUAUACAUUUGAAUGUCCUUCCCCAUAAAUUUAUCAAGCUAAUAAUAAAGGUAUAACAUUAGAAUAAGUACCUGAUGUUAAAUGAGAAAUAAGUAUAAGAAAUAAGCUGUACCAAAUGAAAAAACCAUUAAUUAAUUAAUUAAUUAAUUAAUUAAAUAUGUUAAACGUAGUUUUCAAUAAUGCUAACUGAAGAGAGAUAUGGGUUGAAUUUUAAGCAUUGUCCUGAAAUGCACUUUUCUUACCAUUUUAAAGAUAUAAGCUUAAUUCUGACGUUUUUGGGGCCAUUGCAUGUUGUCCUAUUAAAAAUGAAAAGACAAUAUUUUUAAAAAUACGUAGGUAUCUUGAUUUUUCCUUUAACAAUCAGCUAAUAUACAAAUGAAAAUUAUAAACCGGAUUAAAUUGAUUUUCAGUUUACGACUUACUAUAAUGUAAAGACAUAAUGAGAGAAUAACUGAAAUGAUUUAACCGUGGUUACUUCUUUAAAGCCAUUUAAAGAUCUAAAGUAUAAAUGUAAUUAAUAUAAUUAUAACCAUAACACUGUAAUGUUAAAUCCUGUUGUUGUGUUUGUUUGUUUGUCCGGUUGAUGUCUGGUACUAGCAUUUCGUGAGAUGCAACUCCCUUUACAUGCGAGCCCUAUUUUUGAGAAGGGUUUUGGUACUCAAUUAAUGCUACUAGGUGGAUCAACAAGACAGCAGAUGUUACUUUACAUUGAAGAAAAGGCAAAGAAGAUUCUAGUGGUGGAUGAAUACAAUGCUGUUAUAAGACAUAUUAAGCAGGUAAAGAAACAGUACAUUUGUACAACACCGUAAACUGCUGCUUAUAAGCCUCCCCCCCCCCCCGCUCUCUCCACUUAUAAGCUCCUUCCCUGUUAUAAGCCCUUCGAACUGUACACAAAAAAUACAUACGAUUAGAAGCAACCCCCCCCAGGUAUAACCCCCUCCAAAUCUAUUGAAAUGAACUUGAUUUAUUAUGACAUUUUGAAGCUUUAAAAAACGCCAGUAAAUGCAAAUCGUAUUGUCUUCAGCACUACUUUUAUAGCUGUAGUCCGGUUAAAAGCCCCUCCGUUUCUAAUCCCUCCUAAAACCCCUUACGAAUUUUAUGUAUAAGCCUGCCCAGGACUUAUAAAGCGGCAGUUUACGGUAUAUCAUAAGUUAAAGCUUAAUCUAGCCUUUGACUAGGUCUGUUUACCCUCUUUCAAGGAACGUGACCUCAAUUAAAUUCAUAUAUUUAAAUUCUGCCAAUUGGGACGAACUAAUGACCUGGGGAAAAUGAACAGAAAUGAAGUUUUAAAUCUUAUGUUUAAGUUUCGUUGUAAUACUUUUAAAAACUAUUUCCUCUUGUGCUUCAGCCUAAAACUCUGUUCCAUGAUCUUUUUAUUUUAGUACCAAGAAGAUUCGGAUGUAGAGUCCCUUGUGAAUAAACUGCUGGCGAUACUGGACAGACCCGAGAAAGCUCUCUUGUUGAGAGAUAUAAGGUGAGAAAACAUGACGAAAAGCUGCUGCUGCUGCAGUUAUUUUACAACUCAUAACACCCUUAAUUUAUGAGUUUUCUUUCUAUUUCAUAGCUGUAACUAAGUAAAAAUUAUACUUACGUUGCUGAUUGAGUAGUUUUAUCGACGCGUUGUUUUUGUUGCGUUCAAGGUUUGGGGCGAGAAAAUAUGCUGUUCUCUGAUUGGACGGUAGGAACCCGUGGUUUGGCAGUUUGGCGCGUUUUUUGAGCGGAUUUUGUUUUGGUCAUCUGCAGUCCCAAUUUAUAUGUUCCACUUUUUGUUAAUAUUUUUUAUGAUAUUUCGUUCAAAGGACGUUAGUAUUGCCAUAUGAUCUCGGAAGAUUUGAUGCCAUGGUUUCCGCUCAUGAAAAGGAGGCACUUGAAUACCUCAGCGGUUGUGUACCCGGUGAGUGGUCGUCUAAGCAAUAGGAAUUCACCUAGGAUUUCCCGCAUUCUCUCCUCGACAUUCAUUUCGGAAAUCCUUCCUUUUCGAGACAAUUUUGGAAAUCUUUGAAAUAUUCUGCGAAUACAGCUGUCUCGCGGCGAGGAGCGAGCGGAGACGGCUGUAUUCGCAGGCUGUCUUAAGGGUUGAGGAUCGCUUUAGAUCAUUCUUAAAUCUUUGGAUAAAUCCAGUCGUCCUGGAAAAAGAAAAUUUGAAUGUACCUUUGGUAGCCCCUUCGGUAGAAGGCACGCGUAAACGGAGAGGGGAGGGCUGGGGAGGGGAGAAACACUGCAGUAUGUCUCUGUAGUGUAAGGGUUUUACCCUUUUUUGUCCGUUGAAUAAUGUGUUUAAUGAUGUGGGGAAGGAUAUUUAGCCGAAAGCAAAAUGGGGACUGCCUAACAACAAGAGCCGCCCUCAGUGCAUGCAGUAUCAAACAAAAAGCUGGAUGGAAUUUGGAAGCUCAAAAUCUUCUCAUCUGAACAUAUUCCAUGCGGUAAAGGUUUGACGCGUGUAGCGAUAUGUCUGUGAUAUUGAUGUUUGCUUUUUUCUUAAGGUUCACCCACGAUAAUACCGACUGUGACGGAAAAACCCAAGCGGCAGCUUGUAGCAGCCAUUCAAGGUACGAUUAACAGUGCUAUCAGUACGUAUAACGAGCUGUAAUAAUUUAUUAGGGAGGCGUUUUAAAGCGACGCACUUCAACCGAAAGUAAGGUCUUUUAUCGUUUAAUGUUCCUUGAGGAUACCACAUUUUUUCUUUUUGCCAUGUUUCCUUACUCUUAUACAGACAAUUUGCCCGAAAAUUUUGGCAGAAACGUGAAAAACGUUGCCCAAGAAGGAAAAAAGUCCACCUCCGGUUGAAGUACGUCGCUCAAAAACGCUGUUGCUUAAGCUUCUUUAUAGUGGAGAAAACGAGCACUUCAUGCAAAAAAACAAGGCUACUGUUAUAUUCGUACAUUAUAAACUUUGCCAAAGCAAUUUAAUGCCAGUGUUAAAAUGUUAUGUUUUACAUGUAUUAAUUAUGAAAGGUCUGUUAAGAGCUUUUGUCACCUCUUGGUCCUUUUCUGUAGUAAAAUAUUUAUACUAUUUUGAUUGUGCUGAGAAGGAAUCCCUGGUUUGUCCUCGAUUCUCAGUUAAUUGAAGGAGAGAAGUUCGCUCUCGCUAAAGUAAUAUAAUACCUGAGCUAAUUUGAUCCUAAAAGAAACGUUCAUGAGAAGGCUUGAUUGACGAGAAGAACGUCUUCACCAUCUACACUACAUAUUUGUGUCUAUUUAAUAAUGUAAGUCUAGCUAUAAGGUCUUAGGUGCUGUUUUAAAACCACCUGAAAAAAAAUCAAGCUUUUGUGGGAUGAAUAUCUUUUUAGAGCAGUUAAACCUAGAUCUGAGUUGUUACAUGAAAACGAGUUUAGGCAACAAGCUGGGCUGUUUGGUUAAAUCCGCGACUUGUAUAGAUUAUCCUAGAUCGGCUUUACUCGGGUACAAAGCAUAGAGUUCAUAUAGACAUCGGUCGCUAAAUUUUCAUUAUGCGAAUUUAUAACCUGGACAAUUUAGGCACAAUGCUUUCCAGGAUGUCUUUGAAUUGGAAACUUUGUGUAGUGAAAUGAUAGUACUGGUCGCAAAGGUACUGAAAAACGGGCCACAAAAAACAUGCAACUUGUCUUGCAACAUUGCUACAAAGCGAGUUGAAUAGCGAUGUUGCGCGUAUUAACACCCACAUACAACUGGUUGUUUACAGGUUUGAACGAGGGUGGUAAAACGCGCAACAUCGCUUUCCAACUCGUUUUGCUGCAAUGUUAGAAAGCAAGUUGCACGUUUAGGGUUUAUGUUGCCCGUUUUACCGACAGAAACUUUUUAAUAGUGAUGGAUAUUUUGUUACAGACAGUAGAGGAAGUUUCCAAUUAAAAACGAAAGAAGAAGUGGAGAAAAUAAAGCAAGAAAAACAAGAGAUGGAUAAGAGGCGAGCACAAACAGCUUGGCUCGGAGGCAGCAUUCUUGAUCGCAGCACAAGGAGUAACACAGCACACAAUCCAAACGCUAUCAUUACAUUACCACCGAACUACACAAUGGACGCAAUUCCAGUCAGAGACAUGUCUUCAGCUUCGACAAAUAACUCGCCCGCAUCGUUUGAUGUUCCUGUUAUCCAGGUCAACAAUGACAGUUUAUCCAGGACUCCUAAACAUGACGAAAAUGAUAACGAGAAACCUCGACCUUCAAACUCGCUGUUGGUACCUGAUCGGGUAUCAGUGGAGUAUAGGGACGAUGAUAAAGAGGAAGGACUUAACACGCCUAUGUCGCCAACUGCUGGUCUAUCGAUUCCUGUUCCUUCGAUCGCUGUUUCUAACCAGCAAGCUGGUAUCACGAUUCUUCUUUCGAAAAAAAGAACGAGUUUAGGUCAGUGAUUCACCGUUGCUAGUUUAAUGAUAAAUAUAUAAUCUGGAACAAGCCGCUCUUUUAGUACCCUGGGUUCCAGAGGUUAUUUUUUUCUUAUCUAAUUCGUGAUAGUUCGGUGCGAAGCCGCGUCAACGAGAGAGAAAAAAAUAACCUCGUCUCGGGAGCUUUUUCAAACCGUGAGCACGGUUUAUUUCAUUCCAGGUCUAGAUCUAAAUUGAUAACCGUAUCAAUCUCCCAUGCCGGAUAUCAUAUGAUACAGGAGAAGUGGAGAUUUCAAGAACGGACCUCUGGAGCCAGGGUAUUCUUUUAGAAGAAUUUCAAAGUUACGUCUGGUUAUUCGAGGGUGUAAAAAUCCGGAAUACCCGGUCUGCAUUUUUAGACUGGAUUAGCCUUUCUAUAUUCUCGGAUUUCGGAUUUUUAAAAAAAAACGACUCCAGAUUGAAAUCCCUUUUCUCCGUUCCACGGCCCUAACCAGACAAAAAUUCUCCCCGGAGCAAUGUUGUUAACGGUGGUUUUUCGUAAGGCGCGGACACAUGAAAGUUCAAUUUUUUCCGACCUUAUAGUCUGCGAUGGAGCCGGACUUGUCACUAGAGACCUUGAAAGAGUACUCGAUAUUAUAUUCUAUAUCGGGGAAUUCGGUUUAUUAUAUAAACUGCAGUGUUUUACAAGGAUUUCUACCACUGAGAAAUGUGGUAUCUGAACACACAUAAAAAUACGAUAUUUUUACAUGUGAAGAUAUCGAUAAUUUCACUGACAUCAGGUUUGUCUCUUAAAUUGUACUUAAAUUCGUUGGUGUAUCAUCGAAACAUCUUCGGGUCUUCCUCGAAAGUGCUCGGCAAUCUUCGGCAAUCUUCGGACAUCUUCGGAAAUGUUCGGAAAUUCUCGGAAAAUGUUCGGGAACGUUCGUCUGGUCUUCGGGACAAUUUGAAAAAUCUUCGGAAAUCUUCGUAACGUGGUCGGAAAUCUUCGGAAAAUCAUCAAAAACGCCGUCAUCAGUAUGUUUAUGUAAUAAAAAGAAUAUUACACGUUAGCUAGAAGAUAUGGAUUUUAUGUUCUCGUGGCAAGAGCAAUAUCUCACUCGUUCGCUGCGCUCACUCGUGAGAUAUUGUUCUUGCCACUCGAACAUAAAAUUCAUAUCUUCUCGCCACCAUGUAAUAUUCUCUAUUUCUUUGUAAUGGAUAUGGACAAAAAAGAAAAAUAAUUUUGGGAUUGCCGUCUUGACCUAACGUAUGGCAACAUAUCACUCGGUCUAACUGCCUCUGCUUUAGUGGGGCUCUAAUCUUAUUCGAUCCUUUCCAUUUUUGUUGUAAGUUUUUGGCUUCGCAUUAAAUUUUGGUUCCCAAUUUACACUCUUAAUCUAGUGUGGUUCGGGUGACAGGUCUAGUUGACAAAAGGUUUAUAUAAUUGGUCUGGUACUCACUAGCUGUACGUCUUAUUUAUUCCACCGUAGGUAUAAGUAUUUCAGGCGGAAAAGGUUCGAAAACCCAACCCGAGGUUAGAGUUGAGAAAAUAUUCUCAGGUGGUGCUGCUGCUGAUGACGGAAGACUCAAGGUAGAUGAUCCUUUUUAAUAAGGUUUUGGUUUUAUUAGCCAAAGGCAAGAAUAACGAAGUAAUGUUAACAUAGUUAUUGCGGACGACCAUUAGAGCCCGCAAUCCUAAUCUCCAGGGUUCCGGUUGUUGAAUUGCAGGAUAGCACUAUACACUGGAUAAAUCACCAUCCAGAGUAUAAGUAUUGGGGGAACCAAUUGCAGUAUGCACUGGAUAGAGAUUUAUCCAGCGGAGAGCGUUAUCCACCUUUUGAACAACUUGUGUCAGGUUGCUAUUUGGUGUGUACAGCAUGUAUGUAGCCAGCAUAGGAUUCCUUUAGACCUCCACUGAGAAUGAACAGGAUGCAAUCUGAUGACACGCGUUUGGACUUUUUAUAACUCGUUGUCUUACCUAAUCUUUCCCGUGAAACUUUCGAAAAGUUCAUUGCGGGAGCAGGAGUGUUUGACCGCCCAUACUCCCUAACGUUUAGUUAUUACUAGUUACGUACUUUUUCUUGUGGCUUGCAGUAACAUCAGUCACCUUUGUGUGCAGUUUUUCCUGAUACUGGUAAAGGGUCCCCUCUUCCCCGCAAACUCGUUCCCAGAGUCCUAUCUCUUCCUCCCUCAAGGAAGCACCCGAAAGACCCUGGCUGCGGCUGAUCACGUGGCUCCCGAUAUACUUUCUCCAGGAAGAAAGAGAACCUGGGAACGAGGUUGAUAUUUUCCUGCACUUGGCAUACCUCCCGUGACCCUCGGAAUCUUUCCCGCGCUUGACAGAUUUUCCACCGGUUUCCUUUUUUCCCGCGCUUUGUGUGUGAGCUUGUCAAAUGCAUGUUUUUUCAGCUAAUUCAGUACUUUCUUGUGCUUAAUUACACCAAUUAAUCCCACGCUUCCUUGCCUCUUUAGUGAUUUUUACUCGUUAUUUUUGUUGUUCCCAGAAUUUAACGGAAACGUCUAUCUCUAUAAGCAAAUUUCCGGCCAGUAAACCAGCGGGUAUCUGAGAAGUUUUCUUUCUCACUUUGAGUUUUCUUCAAAUUGCUUGCUUUCAGAGUGGUGACGAGAUUUUGUCUGUUGACGGUGAAAGUCUUCAAGAUGUCACGCAUGCAGAAGCAGUUGACAUCAUCAGGAGGUCUUACAACAACAAGUCCAAAGACGUCAUGGAAAUCGUAGUGAUACCAAGGCAAUAACGGGGUCGUAUACAGUAGUUAUGCAAUAGAGCGGUUUUCACUUGACUGUCGUAAAACCAAAACCAAUCCCUAUCGACAGUCAAGUGAAAACCGCUCUAUUCUAAACCGAUCUAAGACCAAACGCGUCUUGCUAUGUUUGUUAGAGCGGUUUUCACUUGACUGUCGAAAGUAAUUGAGG